AUGGAAGGCGCGAACGACGCCAGACCGCGUCCAGGCGGCGAGGAGGAGAAGGCGCCGGCCCCACCUCCGCCGCCGCCACCGAUCUCCGGCGAGCUCAACGGCGGGCACCGCCGAGGGCAGAGGAGGAGGCCACGCCGCCGCCGGGUGAGCCUCCGCGCUCUCGCCGUACUGAUGAUGGCCGCGGCCGCGUACCUUAUCGUCGCGGAGGCUCUCCUCGCCGUGCCGCCGCCUUCGGACGCUCCGUGGAUCUUCACGGCCUUUGUCCUCUGGAUCAUGGGGAAAGGGCUGCUACUCCUUUCGUUCAUGAACUGA